AUGCAAAGACUUUUGUUUUUGGCCGUUGCCUCUGUCUGCCUUGCGGGAUUCGUGUCUUGCAAGCCCCAAAGUGGUUACAAUAGCCGACAAGAUGAGCGUUACGCACACAUUUUGCGGUACGACAAUAUCAAUCAUGGUGAUGGCACGUAUUCCUACAAUUACGAAACUAGCAAUGGAAUCAAGGCAGAGGAGAAUGGGUACUUGAAAGGACGCGGAACCAACAAUGAGAUUCAGACUGUGCAAGGCUCCUACCAAUAUUAUUCUCCAGAGGGGGAACUUAUCAGAGUCGUGUACAUAGCUGAUGAAAAUGGGUUUAACCCCAGUGGAGAACAUCUUCCUACUCCCCCACCAAUUCCUCCAGUAAUUUAA